ACACCAGAACUAUCUUCUGAUAAUUUACCCCAAAAUGUAUGCUUACUUCCUAAUCAUGAACAAAAUGAGCUGAAGUAUUUUUGCUCCACAAUAUCAUGUUGCAAACCGGUCUGUGCCAACUGCGUUGUAGAAUCACACAGUGAUCAUGCUUAUAAGCCUCUCAAGGAAGAAUAUGAAAAACGCAAGAAAUAUAUGAGAAAAAGCUACCAAGCAACUCAUGAAAAGAUAACAAGGGCAAAAAAGAUAUUGGAAAAUGUGCAAAACGAAUAUGCAUCAAUUUCAGACAGUAACAGAAAAGGCAGGGAAAAUCUGAAGACCGAAGCAGAAAGAGGGGUUAAAUAUAUUCGAGAAUUUGAAAAAAAUGUGAUUCUUGAAACAAAUGAAAGUUUGCAAAAUAUUCUUAACAGACUAGGAAAGAAAAAGGAACAACUACAAUGUUUUAUAGAAAAUGCGUCAGAAUGUUGUGGUAUUUCAAAAGAAGCUUUGACAGGAAGUGAUGUCAUUGCAUUUUUAUCUGUUGAAAAGACUCUAAAAGAAAAAUUAAAUUCCUUUGAGAAAUCUGAAGUUGAUGCACCCUUAGAUCCAAUGCAAAUAUAAAAUAUAGAUCUUCAAAGCUCAACUAAAGAACUUGAGGAAAGAAUUAACAAAAUGAUUUCAAAUGGUGGUGAAUAUAGCAAAAAACCGACCAUCUUUUCAUUUCGAGAAUUUUGGAAUUUUUUAUGGGACCGAAAUGAAAAACCACCUGAAAGGGCAUCUUGUUUUCAAGUGUUUCUUUCUUUGGCUGCAUUGCUGACCAUGUGUGGAUUGAUACUGUUGAAGCUUGAUCCCGUGCCAUAUUCAAGCAUAUUUAAAACCGAAGAUUCCUAUUUAAUGAUCCACGAUAGUCGAAACUCUCUCAUGUGUUAUUCAGCAGACAGAGGAAUGAUGUCAAAUAAUCCAUUUGAAAACAUAAGACAAUUUUGUGGUAAUGAACAAACUUUAUACGUAUAUAAGGGGACUUUUACUAAUAGAACUUUUUUGUACCAAAAAGGCGAAUCUGUUAUUGUUCAAAUUCAGGUACGUGAUAUCAAAAGAUACAUGCCUGGGUUAAUUUUGUUUGAGUUCGGAAUUUCGAAGGAUUCCGUUAAUAGGAAACAUCUUCUCGGUUUUCCCACACAAAUCUUUUAUGGAUGGUUCUUAAAAAUUAUAAACAUGGAUCAAGAAUUCGCACUUAUAAACACAGAAGGACAGAUUGUAUACUCAAAUACAUUUUCAGUGCUUGAUAAAGGAACAUUUACCUUUAGAAUCCAGCUGAACCCAAAUAAAACAAUUACUUUGAAAUCUCUCGACCAAAGUCUGAAAACCAAACAAGUUUUGGAUGAAACAAGAUCGGUUAAAGGUAUACCAAAAAGGGGAUUUGUGAAGAUAUGUGAUUCUCAAGAUGCCCAUGUGACUAUUCAAAUAAUGACCCAAAAAGUAGCAUUCAACAAAACUACACUUCACCCUGACGUGUAUAUUUCUCCCAACAACAAAAACAUUUCUAACACAAAGCUUUCUUCUUUUAUUGGCAAUGAAAUAAAAGGUAAUUUAUAUCAAGAUAUUAUGCUCCUGAACUGUAGGUCUGAAUGCAUUUAUGUAUUUCAUUUUCGGGUGAAAUCUCCCAAGAGUAUGCUGAUUUUUUCAUUGGUACUUACAAAUUCUAAGUUUUUGCCAACAGCAUAUUACAAUGUGACGUUGCUUUCCUAUGGGCAGUGUUCCGUUUCAAAGGUUGUGACAUCUCAAUCUUAUUGCAUGUCUGCGUAUAAAAAGGCACAUUCGGAACUGUAUUCGAUACCUACAGUAGAACUUCUCCCAGACGAAUGGCAUACACUGAUAAUUACGGUGCAAAGAAAAUAUAAAAAAGCAACAUUUCGUGUAGGUGCAAUAGAAGUUGAAUUGGAGGAUGGUUUUAUAUUUGAAAGAGACACUCCUAUUGUACGUUGGGUGAUGCAAAAUACAGAGGAUGUUGUUGAUGUACGUUUAGGAAAUAGUGAAGAAUUUGAUAUUUAUACAUGGUUGUUUUAUAAAACAAUGCCUGUAUUUCAUUUUGUUCGAACGCAUUUUAUCUUGGUAAUAAGCAUAACUUUUGUCAUGUGUUGUUAUGAUGAAGUUUACAAGCUUUUCUUUGAAAUUAUUCAAUUUGUCAGGAAUAAAAAUGUCCCCCAAAAUACUUUUGUUGCAGAACAAAUAGAAAGGAAGCGGCAGGUAAAACGUAUGAAAGUUCAUUGAAGCCAUGCAAAGAACAGUAGGGAUGCUAUUUGUUUAUGUAUAAGCUUCUGUCUACACUUAUAAGUAAGUUCAAAUUAACUAAUAGAAAUGUUGGUUAAGUGAAAUAUUUAACAAACAAGAUU